AAAAAAUCCUGUCAUCCGAAAUAGUUUUUUGUCUGUCUGACUUUAUUUACAGUCAGACAUUUCUAAUUUGUUUGAUUUGAUUGUUGUGAAAUUUUUACAGCCCAAGUUUGAAGUUACCCAAUCAAUCAAUCAAUCAAUCAAUCGAUCCAUCAAGCCACCGAUCAAGCCAUCAAUUGAGCGAUUGAGCUAUCACAGAGAAGGCGGAUCAAUCAAUCAUGAAAACAACAACGGGGAAUAAGAACCAUUUGACGGAUCACCUCCUAUCUCAACAACAACAACAACAACAACAACAACAACAACAACACUUACCACAGUCUCAAUUAGGAUCAUCAUCAAUAUCAAUACAAGAUCAUCUCAAACAUGAACAAGGUGCUAAUGACCUUAAUCUCCUGCUAAGUAGUGAUGAAGAAGAUCAACCAUCUUCAUCAUCCAAUAAAAAACAUAAACAUCAUAAAGAUCAUAAACAAGAUAAAUCAGUAUCCAACUUCAAAUUAAUCUCAACCACUUCAGGGAUUCGUGUAUCUCAAGCUUGUGAUCGAUGUCGAAUAAAGAAAAUCAAAUGUGAUGGUCAAUACCCUUGUCAUAAUUGUAAAAAAGUAAGUUUUGAUUGUAAAACAAGUGAUAAAUUAACUAGAAGAGCAUUUCCCAAAGGUUAUACCGAAAAUUUAGAACGUAAAUUAAAAGAGUUAGAAGAAGAGAAUCGGUUAUUAAAGUUGAAAUAUAGUAUUGAAGGGUCUGGUUCUGGUUCUUCUGCAACUGCUCUUGGUGGAGGUGCUGCGGGUAGUAGUAACACUAGUAUCAAUGCCAAUCUCGAUACUAUAAGUUCAACCCCUGCAUCAUUAUCUUUGGAUAAUACUGUGAUGUCAACUCCCAAUGUAAUAACUUCAAAUAAUAAAGUACUAUUAACUAAUCAAUCUACUCAUCAAACUGUUCAAAUUAAUAAUCCUAUUGAUCAAAUAUUUAAUCUUGAUUCAAAAGGUAUUAUAAUUGGUAAUGAUAAUAUCAAUUUCGAAUCUCAAUUCAAUCAUUUAUUAAUCAACUUAAAUUUACCAUUUUUGAAAAUCACUAAUUCUCAUAAUUUCUUAUUAAAUGAUCCAGAUAGCUAUCUAUAUCAUCCUUCUUAUCAUAUUUAUAAUCAACUUCAUAAUAAAGAUUUGGAUGUCAUUUAUAAUCCUUUGACUGGAAAUCAUUCAUUAUCUUCUCAUGCUUCAAAUCCUUUGGCACCCCCAAACCCUACUGAAAUUGAUCAUUUAUUAGUUAAUAAUCAAUUACCCAUGGAUAUUUAUGAUUUAUUUAUAAAAUUAAUCAAUAACUUUAAAAAAAUCUUUAAUAAUAAAAAGGAAUUAGAUAAUCAAAUCAUUCAAUACUUUUUAAAUUAUAAUAUCUUUAUUCCAAUCUUUGAUUAUAAACAAUUCAUGGAAUAUUAUGAAGCUUUUCAUACCAUGUAUCCAUUUAUUUUCACUUAUGAUGAUUCAACCAUAAAUGGGUUCAAUCUUUCUAGUAAUAAUGAUUAUCAAAUCGUUAAUGAAUAUCUUAUGAUUAUCAUUCAAAUCUAUGCCAUGAUCAUGAUUAAUAACCCCACUAUAAAUUUGAAUUUAUUAUUAAAUCAUACCGAUCCAAAUUAUUCCUUUAAUAAUAGAAAAUCAUCUUCGAAUUCAAGAGAUAAUAAUUCCAUCAUAAAAUCAGUAUAUGAUUUCUUACCAUAUUUUAAUAAUUUCCAUGUAUCUGUGAAUCAAUUACAAACUUAUGAAUUAUUUUUAUAUUAUUCAUUGUUGACUAAUAAUAAAGAAAAAUCUUUAAUUUUAUCAUCUUUAAUCAAUUCAUUUAUUGGUAUAUUAGGAAUCAAUUUAAAUUCAAAGAAUUUAUUCUUUAAUGAUUUAUCAUUAAGUUUACUUCAAAGAAGAAAUAGAGUUAAAAUCUUUUGGGUCUUUAAAGUAUUACUUAAAUGUUUUAACUUAAAAUUUGGGUUCAAACCAAGUUUAAAUACUACCGUUAUAAAUCCUGUCACUAUAGAUCGUUAUUUCCAAUUAACACCAGAAAAAUUAUCUACUUUAUUAGAAGAUGAUAAUAAUGAUAAUAAUUUAUUUACAACAUUAUUAAAGCCCAGUAUUGAAUUUUUAAAUUUAACCAAUAUAAUUAUUCCUUCAUCAUUUUCACCUAAUUAUUAUGAAUAUCUUAAAAAAUCAAAAAAGAAAGAUCAAAAUUCUUCUCAUCCAAAUCCUCAUCGUCAACAUCUCGAUUGGAUUUUAAAAGAAGAUGAUGGUGAAGGGAAUGAUGGGAAUUUAAAUUAUAAUUUUAGUCAAUUUUUAACCAUUGAUAAAAAUUUAUCAAAUUGGAGAAAUUCUUUAAAAUCAAAAUUCUUAAACCUUUUACCUUUACAACAAGAAAUGGGAUUACCAAAUAUUUUAAAUAUAACUUCAAAUGAUUUAUAUCAUGAUUUAAAAGAUUCUUCAAACUUAGGUACAGGUAUCACUCAAGAUGGUUUGAUUAAUUUUUAUUCUACUGGAUUACCUGAUGUUCAUACUGCAUCUCAAUUAAUCAAAAUUCAAUUAAACUUUCAUUAUAGUUUAAUUAGAUCCAUGAAUUAUUUAAAUUUCAUCGUUGAUCGUGAAUUAAAAUAUAUUUACUAUGUCGAAAUCUCAAAGAUUAGUAGAGAAGUAUUGAAUUAUUUCUUACUUAUAUUCGAUCAUAUUAGUAAAGCCAUGGAAGUUAAAGUUGAUCCUAAACCCACCAAUGCUAAUAAUAUAGUGAUGGAAAGUUUAGGAUUAGAUGUUGAUGAAGAUGGAUUUGUCAUUAAUGACUUUUCCGUUAAAAGAAGAAGACAUUCAAAUUCAACAAAUCAAAAUAUAACCAAACGUUUAACGAAGGAGAUUCAUCUUUCACCAUUUAAUUCAAUGUUAAAUGGAUUAUCCAUGACAAUUAUUAAUUUAAAGAAAUCAAUGAUCUUACAAAUGUUAUAUCUUUUAAUCUGUCAAUUGAAAUUCCUUAAACGUAAAGAAAUUGCCUUGAUUGGUGAUACCAUUCAAUUAUUAAAUAGAUCUGUGGAUUUAUUCAUAAAAGUAUUUAUAAAUUAUAAAGUUGGAGUUAAUAAAAAGGACUCUAAAAAGGUCAAGGAGGAUAAAUUAUAUCAAAAGUUGAUGAAUGAUGAAUUAAAAGAUGAAAUUUUAAAAGCACAAGCUAACAAUGAUGAUGAUAGUGAUGAUGACGAUGAUACUGUUCUUGAUUAUUAUAAUCAAAUUGAUUGGGAUGAUGAAGAAAUGGAUGAAGAUUUGAAAUAUUUAAAGAUUUUAAAAUUCAUAAAGUAUAGGAGUAACAGUAUUCUUGAUCAAAUAGUUAGAGUUAAAGAUAAAUCAGUUAAUAUUGAUAAUUCUUCAUCAAACAAACUUGAUCAACAGCAGCAACAACAACAAUUUCACCAUAAACAGGAAAAUACACCAUCGUCCAUUGACUCGAAAUCGACAAAUCAAAGUUCACAUUCUCAAACCGUAAACCCAUCUUCUCACACUAAUCCUAAUGCGGAGAAUCAUCUUAACAAUUUCUAUACUCCAUCAUCUUUCGGUUCAUUCAGUAAAGUACCGUCAUUAUCAAAAUUCGACUUUUUUGAUGCAAGUGGAACAGCUUCGCAUAGUAUACAAAGCUCAUUAACUCCUCAAGAUGAAGAAUUAUCAAAAAAGGAAAAGUUGGUGAUUAAUGAUUUAAUGAGUUUAAGACAUGGAAGUCAAAGUAAAUUAUACCCUCAAAAUAAUCCUAAUUGGAACAAUAGUAAUCCAAACAGUUGAUCUUUUUGGAUGUUUUUAAAGACGGAUUGUCGAACAUUUUCCAUCCUAUUUAUUUAUUUUAAGUAUAUAUAUCUCUAAACUGUGUACUUAUGUAUCAUAUGCAAUUAUUUAUUUAUUUAUUUAUUUAUUUAUUAAUAUAUAUUAAUACAC